ACCACUCAUUUCCUGUGAUCGAUUGGACUUACAUAUGUAUACGCGCCUACAUGCAGAGUCCCAGCGACACCUGCUGGCCGAGUUUCAAUGCUGCCAAAAAAACAAAACAAAACAAAACCCAAAAGGGGGCGGGGGAGAGGAAAGAAGAGGAAAACGGACUGGCAAGCAGAAAUCGAGCAGGACUAGUUACUUCGUGAAUUCAUGCUGGCUAGAAGCUUCACCUGUUGCUUUCCUGCCUGUGCUCAGGCCAGGGAAAAAUAAUUUUAUGCCGCACUGCUAGCAGAAAAUUGAGGGCUUUGACGGACAAUGGGUUAAGCAGUUGCACUGAAGGAAGGAGGAAAAGUAACAUAAUUACUGAAAUACGUGGAACCAUAAUGACCAUUGGCAUAAACAGGCCCGAGGUCAGGAACGCUGUGGACCAGGAGACGGCACGACUGCUGCUGGAUGCAUUCAGAGCAUUUGAAGGGGACCCUUCACUGACCGUGGCAGUACUUCAUGGACUGGGAGGCAAUUUCUGUGCUGGUUAUGAUUUGAAGGAGCUGGCCCACAGCGCAACCUCAAUCAAAUUGGAACAAGAUGUCACCAAAGGUCCUGGUCCCAUGGGUCCUACCCGAAUGACAUUUUCUAAACCAGUGAUUGCUGCAGUGAGUGGCUAUGCAGUGGCUGGUGGACUUGAGCUAUCCCUCCUGGCCGAUUUACGAGUUGUGGAAGAAAGUGCCAUCUUUGGAGUGUUCUGCAGGCGCUUUGGUGUUCCACUGAUAGAUGGAGGUACUGUAAGAUUACCAAAGUUAAUUGGUCUUUCUCGGGCACUGGAACUCAUUCUCACUGGGCGGCCUGUUAGUGCACAAGAAGCAUACCAGUUUGGACUGGCCAAUCGAAUAGUUCCCAAUGGGCAAGCACUGCAGCAUGCCAUUGAAUUGGCAGAACAAAUUUCAGCCUUUCCUCAGCAGUGUAUGCGUGCAGACAGAAACUCGGCUUACUAUGGUGCAUUUGAUACUUCAUCUUUCAUGGAAGCCAUGCAGUUUGAGUAUGACUCUGGACUGCAGGUGAUAUUAAAGGAGUCUAUUCCCGGCGCAAAGAAGUUCAGCUUAGGACAUGGGCGUGGUGGAGCAAAGCUAUAAGGAGCUGAAUAUCACCCCCACAAUCUCUGUAUUGCAAUCACAAAAUAAGGAAAGCUACUUUCACUGUAUGAAUGUAUUGUUGAAUUGUAGAUUUCAUAACUUUUAAACCUUAUAGUCCACCUCCCCUGGGUGAAAAAUUCAGACUUGUGCAACUGCUAACUGGGAUGCAACUUAAAUUUGAAUGUGGUUAAGAAUCACCAUCUAUAUUAUGUAUGUUCUAAAAUGGUUGCAUAAUCACUGAACUGGUGUUUCCACUUAUCUCAGAAAAUGUGGGUUAAUUGCCAUUUCUACCUUUAGAGCUAAUUCUUUUUGUUCCUAAAUUCACUUUGCUGAAUUUAACAUGUUUGUAACUUCAGUUUACAGAAACCUUAAAAAAAGAUAUUGGGCAACUAUUAUUGAUCACUAAAAUAUACCUGAAACUCUAAGAAUACUUACAGGAAAGUAACUUCCUCAGGGAGCAAUUCACAAAGUCUGGCAUCCUUACUGCAUCCCAUACUCACUGGGAAGAAGAGCCAGUGUGGUGUAGUGAUUAAGAGCGUGGGACUGGGACUCAGACGAUCUGGGUUCUAGUCUCCGCUCAGCCAUGGAGCCAACUGGG